AUGAUCAAGGACUCGCUCAAGGGCCACUACGAGAUGGUUGGAGACAGCCAGAUCAAUAUUGAUCUGAGGACCAGAAAGAGGGAAAGAAGGCCUAUUUUCUACGACAAACACGUUGUUGAGCUCAUCAAGGAGGGAUCCUUUACGCCAUUCCACCUCAAGGAGCACGCAUAUGCAACAUUUGCAGUCCUAAGAAUGAAGACGAAUCCUGAUAUGAUAUUCACGGUUGUGAAUGCUGAUCUGUACAGUGGAAACGAGAAGCACAUUGAGAAACAAAUGUACAACAUGAUCAAACACAUCAACGAUGGGUCGUAUGGGAAACACCCUCUCUUCUUCCUGGGAAUGAUCAAUGAGCAGACUACCCUUGUCAGAAGCCUGGUCAAGAACUCGAUGAAUAAUGCAGUUGCACUUGAUACAAACAACACGACACUGUCGAAGACAACGUUCCACAACUUCGGAAGGCUCGACGAUGGGAAGCAGCGCGACUUCAUUCUCCUAAAGGACGACGAGAAGAAGUUCAAACUCAACUACGCCAGGAUUCUAAGCAAACUCGAAAGGGUGGAUUUGACUCACUACCCUGUUUAUGCCAUUUACACCAUGAACUGA